UAGGAUAAACAUGUGCAGAAAUCAAAUGAGUGACUAAACAAUUAUUAAAUAAAAGCAACUGGAAGAUCCUGCUUCUUUUUCAGCAGUCAUACUCUAGCUACUUUAAAAAAAACAAUUAGCCCCAAAAUCCAAUGUGCGUGUGUGGGAGUUUAACUGGAACGUGAAUUCCCUUUAAUGCCAUUAGUCUUUUCAAAGUCAAACUCUCGCGAUAAUAAACGUGAUUUGCGCUAACGCCACGCCCCUGUGAGGCCUGUGAUUUUUCAAACCAGUCCAAUCAUGCGCUGCUUUUACUCAAACAGACCAAUAGGAGCGUUCAGCCCGGCAAUUUAAAGGUCUGUACUGCUGUUCUCUACUGCACAUUUCCUCUGCAGGAAGACGGUAAGGAGUGGUCAUGUUUCAAAGAUACUUUACAUAUCUGCUUUUUAAACAAUUGUACAUAUAGUUUAGUCUUGCUUUUUGAACAUAUAAUUGAAUGUUGUUUCUCUGUAAGUGACGCGCCGGAAGUUUUAUAACCGGAGUAUGUUUUUCUGUGCUAGCUUGAGCAUGUUGUCUCUUUAUUUCUAAUUUUGUUCAAUUUCAUUCUUUUUUUUCAGUCUUAUAUCUUUACUCGGUUAUCUCUGGUGAUUAAAAUUGAAGAAAAUGUCUACUGCUAACGAGAACAGCGCCCGUUUGACUCAGUUCAAAAACAAAGGAAAAGAUGUAGCUGAGUUGAGGCGAAGGAGGAUUGAAGUAAACGUUGAGCUCCGUAAAGCUAAGAAGGACGAGCAGAUUUUGAAGAGGAGGAAUGUGAGCACUCUGCCGGAUGAAGCCACUUCACCUCUCCAGGAGAAAAGUCAGAACUGCCAGGCUCAGCAUUGGACAGUGGAGGAGAUUGUUAAUGGGGUCAACAGCAACAAUCUCGAAACUCAAGUGCAGGCAACCCAAGCUGCAAGGAAGCUGCUGUCUAGGGAAAGACAUCCACCUAUUGAUCGAAUUAUCAGUGCAGGCCUGAUCCCCAAGUUUGUAGGCUUUUUGGGAAUGUCUCAGUCUCCACCAAUUCAGUUUGAAGCGGCCUGGGCCCUGACUAACAUUGCGUCCGGGACGUCCGAUCAAACUACAGCUGUGGUGGAAGGAGGAGCCAUUCCAGCUUUCAUUGGUCUGAUCACAUCCCCUCAUUCUCAUAUUAGUGAACAGGCUGUCUGGGCUCUGGGGAAUAUUGCUGGUGAUGGCUCUGCGUAUAGAGAUAAGGUCAUCAAGCAUGGUGCUAUCGCCCCACUUUUGAGUCUGCUUGCUGUACCUGACCUUUCUGUGUUUGGUUCUGGUUACCUGAGGAAUGUCACCUGGACCUUGUCUAACCUAUGUCGCAACAAGAAUCCUGCGCCGCCCCUCGAGGCUGUGAAGCAGAUCCUGCCCACAAUCGUCCGCCUGCUGCACCAUAGUGAUAAGGAGGUGCUGGCAGACACUUGCUGGGCUGUAUCAUACCUGACCGAUGGUCUUAAUGACAGGAUUGAAGUGGUGAUCCAGACUGGCCUGGUUCCCCGGCUGGUGCAGCUUCUUGGCUCAGGAGAGCUUUCUAUUAUGACUCCAGCCUUGCGCUCCAUUGGUAACAUUGUGACUGGCACAGAUGAGCAGACCCAGACAGUGCUUGACGCUGGGGCCCUCCCCAUAUUUGGAAACCUCUUGCGGCACCCGAAGAACAACAUUCAGAAGGAAACUGCCUGGACCCUGUCCAACAUCACAGCCGGCAAGGACACCCAGAUCCAGGAGGUCAUCAAUGCCGGCCUGGUCCCGUGCUUGGUGGAUGUCCUCAGAAGGGGAGAUUACAAGACUCAGAAGGAGGCGGUUUGGGCUGUUACCAACUACACCAGUGGAGGCACCAUAGAGCAAGUUGUCUAUCUUGUUCAGGCCAAUAUCCUUGAGCCACUACUUGACUUACUGUCUGCCAAGGAUGGCAAGACUAUUCUGGUCAUUUUGGAUGCACUCAGUAACAUCUUCCUGGCUGGGGAGAAGAUUGGCGAGACCAAUAAGCUGUGUCUGAUGAUUGAAGAAUGUGGUGGUUUGGAUAAAAUUGAAGCCCUUCAGACACAUGAGAAUGAAAUGGUGUACAAGGCCUCACUAAACAUCAUUGAGAAAUACUUCUCUUCUGAGGUGGGUCGAGCCUCGGCGUGCCUUUUUGGUCCGUCCUUUAAAUUUACAUUAAAUGAAAAGUCCACCCUGAAACCCACUGAAUGUUUGUUUAUAUUGACGUUGUGGGGUUUUUUUAUUUUUUGUUGUGGUAAUUCCUGAGGAGGUGGGUGGGUUGUGUGCUGUGCUAUAUUAAUGUUCUACUCAAAUAAUUUCAAAUGUAAGGGAUAAUGGUCAGAAUUUGCAUUUGUCUCCUUUUUUUUAAAAAAAAAAAAAAAAAAAAUUCUUACUCAUGAGAGGUUAACUUAACUGGUGACACAAUCAGGAUUUAGUUGAACAUGUGUUGGCUUUU